AUGAGAGAAGUCAUCAGCUUGAACGUCGGCCAGGCCGGUUGCCAGAUCGCAAACUCGUGCUGGGAGCUUUACUGCCUCGAGCACGGCAUCCAGCCCGACGGUUACCUCACUGAGGAGCGCAAAGCCGAGGAAGAGGACCAUGGCUUCAGCACUUUCUUCUCCGAGACCGGCCAGGGAAAGUACGUUCCUCGCACCAUCUACUGCGAUCUCGAGCCCAAUGUCGUCGAUGAGGUCCGCACCGGCACAUACCGCUCCCUUUUCCACCCCGAGCAGAUGAUCACUGGCAAGGAGGAUGCCUCAAACAACUAUGCUCGUGGCCACUACACCGUCGGAAAGGAGCUCAUCGACCAGGUCUUGGACAAGGUCCGUCGCGUUGCCGACAACUGCUCGGGACUCCAGGGUUUCCUCGUCUUCCACUCGUUCGGCGGUGGAACUGGUUCCGGUUUCGGCGCCCUGUUGAUGGAGAGGCUGUCAGUCGACUAUGGCAAGAAGUGCAAGCUAGAGUUCUGUGUCUACCCGGCACCGCAGGUCGCCACCUCCGUUGUCGAGCCGUACAACUCUAUUCUCACAACUCACACUACCCUGGAGCACUCCGACUGCUCCUUCAUGGUGGAUAACGAGGCUAUCUACGACAUUUGCCGCCGCAACUUGGGCAUUGAGCGUCCGAACUACGAGAACUUGAACCGCCUGAUCGCACAGGUCGUCUCCUCGAUCACUGCUUCGCUCCGCUUUGACGGUUCCUUGAACGUCGACCUCAACGAGUUCCAGACCAACUUGGUGCCUUACCCCCGUAUCCAUUUCCCGCUCGUCGCCUACUCCCCGGUCAUCUCCGCCGCAAAGGCUGCCCACGAGGCCAACUCCGUCAUGGAGAUCACCAACGCCUGCUUCGAGCCCAACCACCAGAUGGUCAAGUGCGACCCCCGCAACGGAAAGUACAUGGCCACCUGCUUGCUGUACCGUGGCGAUGUCGUCACCAAGAGCACCCACGAUGCCAUUGCCCACCUCAAGACCAAGCGCACCAUCCAGUUCGUCGACUGGUGCCCGACCGGUUUCAAGGUCGGUAUCUGCUACCAGCCCCCGCAGACCGUCCCCAACGGCGACUUGGCCAAGGUCAACCGUGCCGUGUGCAUGCUUUCCAACACCACCGCCAUUGCCGAGGCAUGGAGCGCUCUUUCCCACAAGUUCGAUCUCAUGUACUCCAAGCGUGCUUUCGUCCACUGGUAUGUUGGUGAGGGUAUGGAGGAGGGUGAAUUCUCUGAGGCACGCGAGGACUUGGCUGCCCUCGAGCGCGAUUACGAGGAGGUCGCCGCCGACAGCCUUGAAGGCGAGGAGGGUGUUGAGGCAGAGUACUAG